CGUCCAAACGCAUCGUGGAAGAGAAAUUUGGAGUGGUCAUAGUCGGUAACAGUGGCCGUCAGUGAAAGUCAAGAACCAAAAAAAAAAGGAAAGAAGAAUCGCCGGCGAAGAUUCACCCCAGUUGGCUUCGAUCCUGAAUCAGCCUCCUCCUUCUAUUCGAUCUCCCAGUUGAUGGACAAAGCAAAAGCCCCUGAAGUUAAGGAUUCUGUACCGAAACUUUACUCCAAUCCUAAUUCCGAAGCUAAAUAUUACAGCCUCUCGUUUCAGGCAUCGGUAUUAGCUAUUAAGAAGAGAAAGCCUCCCAGCUUGGUGAGCUUGUGUCUAGGAGUUAUUGGCAGACAUUUUGAGGAUAUUAUCGAAGAUCUCACCGAGAUAGCUGCUAAUUUUCCGUCCAAUAUGAAGAUGGCACUUGUGGCAAUUGCAAGAAGGAGAAGGCUAUUGAAUGACAAUGUCAUUGUUGCAUUGGCUGAUAGUUCUUGGGAAAUCCUGGACUUAUCUGACUCAGAGGUUUCUGAUUUUGGCCUAUUACAAGUGGUUGGAACAUGCAAACAUCUGCAAGCAGUUGAUAUAAGUCGCUGCAGCAAGCUCACGUCUGCUGGUGUAUCAGAACUCUUGCAGAAAUGCCAGUCUCUUGAAAUACUGAGAUGGGGAGGCUGCCCUCGGAGUGAGAACACAGCUCGCAGAUGCUUUGCUUUGUUGAAACCAACACUAGAGCAUGUGGAGGGAGAAUCUUGGGAGGAACUUGAUACCUCAGAAAUAGCUCAUGGUGCGACAUCCCUGCGUUGGCUCUUAUGGCCAAAAAUUGAAAAGGACCAGCUGGAGAGUUUGUCUGACGAGUGCCCACGAAUCAUAGUAAAUCCAAAGCCGUCACCACUGGGUUACAGGGGGCUUGAUGUUCCUAGAGAAGCAAGACUAAAUGUCUCAUUAGACGAUCCCAUUGUUGAAGAUAUUGACCCCAAAACCUGGGCAGUAUGUGGAUUUGUACCUAGAACAUCACCAUCAUCAGUUUCAAGCACAGAAGAGUUACCCGUGGCGGAAAAGUUUAGACUUGCAUUUCUAGAGAGAGAUAAUCGGCUAGCACCAAAGCGAGCAAAGAAUGCAAGACAACAUCAGCGACGUGCAGAAAAGGAAUGGGUAAUGAUGAAUAGUAGGGCAAAAGCACUAGCACUUGCUUCGCUGGCUAGCAAAUCCCUUAACAUUCGGAACUGAAAAUAGAUGUGUACUUCUAUAAACCUGUAUCUCAUCUUUGUCAGCCAAUAGAAAGAGCUUCUGUGCACGGGUAACUGGGAAAGCUUUUCUUUGCAACUGACCAUUGAGAGGAAGGCAAAUAUUUCCCGAGCUUCCAACAAAGAUUUUACAUACAGUGGUUUCUUUCAGGCAGUGGAAGAGUCUAUUUGGGUCAUCACACUGUUGAAAGGGAGGCCACUGUCAAGCAAGCCUGCCUCUCUCCUCUGGUCAAUCCUCUGGUAAGGUGUGUGUAUUGUUCUUUGUAGUCGUCUUUGGCAUGUAUGUAUGUAUAUUAGGAUUUUUUCUGCUGAGGAUGAUUUAAUGAGGUGCUCCAUUUUCUUUUUUCA